AUGAAGACUGCAGAGAAAGAACGAUCAGAGUCCAAAACAAUAAAUAAUAUUCAUUCUAAUAGCAUUAUAUACGAAGCUCAAAAGAACCUUUCCUUAGGCGGAGCUUUCUGCCGGAGCCAUUUCUGCUCUUAUCUCGUUGUCGUUGGCCUCUCGCUGCGGCGCGGGGGCAUUAUGCAAGUGGAGCGUAAUAAGGUGCGAAGAGCACGCGCGUUGAAUCGCGGGCAACACCCCACCCACCCCGCGUUGCCGCUGCGCUCCAUCUCCCUGACGCAGUCCGCCAUUGCCGCCGCGGCUCUCGCCUUCACACCCGCCCUCCCACCCGCCCGUCCACAACCCGACCUCCCACCCGCCUUCCACCCCGACCCACCCGCCUACCACCCGCCUACCCACCCCGCCGUCACACCCCGCUACCACCCCCGUCACACCCGCCUACCCACCCGCCGUUCACACCGCCGUCACACCCCCGUCACACGCCUCCCCACACCACGCCCGUCACACCGCGUCACACCCCGCACACCACCCGUGCCUUCACCGCCCCCCUGGUCCACCGGCUACCUCUGCCAUUUUACCCACGCCUCCGUCGCUUCCGAUCGUUUCCCAACCACCGCUCCCAUCGCCAAGACCGGAUCCACUGUUAAACCCGUUCUCCUUCCCCUUCCUCCUUCUGCCGUCACUCCCUGUCUCAUAUCCUUCACACCCGUCCCACGUCUCCACACCACCGUUACCACCUUGCCACCCUACCUCACCGCACCCGCCGCUUCUUCUCAAAAAUGGAUCUCGUUCUUCGAUUCUCUAAAUAUUUAUGCUGUGAAUCACCCUUCUGGUACUGACGCGCUUUCAACAAUAGAGAAACGGCUUGCGAUUGUGUAUGUGUGUGUGGUGAAGGGGUGGGGUGGGGUGGGGAGAAAAGUAACGGCCGUACGGUUCGAGAGCACGCCGCCGCGCCUAUCUGCAGGUCAGGGUCACAAGGGCAGCUGCACUUCGAAGCUCACGCCGCCCGCUACAGUAAACCUGCAGCCUUUCGGGCCAAGCUGGUUCCAGCUCGGGCUACUCUGGAACCGGCUUUCAGCUGCACCGACCUUUAUCAUCACUUUCGGCAUCGGCAGUUUGCUGGCGGAUGCGGCGACACACGCAGUGUUCAUUACGAGCCUCAUAUCAGUCGACCAUGUCCCCGAAAGAAAUGUGUGAUCAAAGGAGACCUGAGAGUAUUAUUGUUGGUUCAGUUAGUUCCCUGGUUCAUUUUGACAAAUGAACAUAAAGGGUAAAAUAAUUCUUCAGUGAGUAGGCUUCAUCUUCAUGAAUAUCUCGGAAUGGAGGGUCAGAUCACAGUUCUGGCCAGAAGUCAUCACUAAGUCAAAGGCAGCUAGCUGUUUACAUCUGAUGCAGUUCAACACAUUCCAGUGUACUUACAUUGUAUACAAAAGAAUUUUCAUGGAAUUGAAUAUAUAUAUAUUGAUAUAAAUGUCGAUGUUCUGCAGCAAUUCAGGAAGUAAGAGAAUGGUCCAGGUGUCCACCGAGUUCGGAAGCGAGGUAUGGACAGGUGUAAAUUUGGAAAGUUUAUUCAGCACACACUGAAUGGAGAUUGUGCAAAGAACUUCUUUUACUUAUUUUGUCUCCAAAAGUGAUGUGGAUUGCAAAUUGAAGAAAAAAUAAGUGUGUGUUUUCCAUUUGAAGUUAUUGCACUUAUGGACCCUUCAUUAUCUCCCUUCUGUAGAACUAAUUAGGCCAGACAUCUGGUAAAAGUAACAUAGUUAUUUCACUAUCCUUGAGCAAAAGUGUAAUUUUAAGAUAUACAUUGAAGGGGUUUAAUUAAAAGCAAUUCAUUCACCUACAAAUUCUUUAUUUCCCAUACCAGAAUAAAUAACUUGGGGCCACUAAAAACUUUUAAGCGAUGUUUCAUAGUUGCUUGGACCAUUUUGAGGAUUAGAAAUAAAAGCAUAUUUAAUAUUUUUAGUGAACAUUUACAGUACAUAUUUUUUCUUUCAUACCCUUUUUUGAACUUCUAUUUAUGUAAAUCAGAAAUGACUAUACAGUAAAGUAUUCCAAAAAAUAUAUGAAAUAUAAUUAUUGCAUAAAAAUAUUAAUUUUAAAUGCAGCAUCAUAAAAUAAUAUUUAGCAUGUAGUUUGCUGAUUUUAAGGAAAAUUGAAUAGGGUUCGUUAGACAAAAUAAAAAUUCAUUCCAACCAGAUUACUUCAUUAACUACAUCUGGAUUAUAAUUUUAUUUUAAUUUCUUAUAUCAAAAGAUAAUUGAUGUAAUAGUGCAUAAUCUUCUACAAGAAAACAUUGAGUAUGGUUAAAUUACAGAAAAUUUUUUGCAUUGCUUGUUUCAUCUCUAAGGAUAAUUUGAUGAAGCAAUGUUUUGAAACAAAGGGACCAUACUCAGUUUAAAGGUCAUGAAUUGCUGUUUUAUUCAUCUUUCUUAGACACAUUUCACUUUUUGAAUAUUGCAAAUAUUCUAUAAUUAAGUAAGAUUUCUUAAUUUACACCUCUCAUUUCUUCUGUUUCCAUUUGUGAUCCUUGCAUAUUUAUUCUGUUGUUUAUAAGAUCUGUUCAAAAUGAAAAAUCUUGUGCAUUGCUUGUAUAAUUUAUCAAUGGGGAAAAUCAUAUUGCUGUUUGUUCAUUUAUAUUUUAGAAAAUAAUGUAUAGUUUAAUUAAUGUGAAACAUUUUGAUGAAGUCACAUCAAAAACUAAUGCUAUCAUAAAAAUAAACUGUAAAUAUGUUAAAUAUAUUGUAUUAAUGUGAAUGUUUUAAUGUGAUAGCAGAUAUAUUAGUAAUCUGCACAUUAUGUUAAUAAUUGCAUUAACUGCUUGGCAAGAGAAGACUACCAGUGUUUUAUUCAUGUACAUAUUGAGAAGUUGCAUUUACAUUAUAGUUUGAAAAACUUGUGAAGUGAGAACUGUAAAGAUGAUAGAUACAUUUAUAUUAUACAACUUCCCUUGCAAAAAGUAAGAAUGCCAUAUCGGUAAUGAAAGAUGUGUUGAUGAGAGAGAUGGUUGCGUAAAGAUAUCUUAUUGUGGUGAGACUCAGAAGUGUGCUAUGUCUGAUAUAGAAUAUCAGUACAUGAACUCUUCAAUGGUAAUGGAUGUUAAUGGACACUCUUUUUAAAUGGUAAAAUAUCUCUGUUAGGGCUUACUUGUGAAGGAUAGAUGGGUAGCUAUUUGUGUUAAGCAACUAAAUUGUUUAAUGGAUACUGUGAUGACCUGAAUGGCUGAGUACGUGAGCCUGCUGUAGCUUCUCUUAUCAAUCAGUAGCAGUUUUGAACACUGUUCUUUGUAAAAUACAAGUAAUAAAAUAAAGGGGAGUACGUCUUACUAACUUACAACUUCUUCGGAAAUGAAGUAAGAUUUUUUAUUGUAGGUUAAUAUCCAGCUGGACAUGUACAGGUAGACUUAUGUAGAUGCCUUUUAAUGUAAAAUUUUUUUAAGCUAUAAAGUAAUAUGCCAUCUUUAUAUACUAUUUUGCUACAACUUUCAUGACGGCCUACAUCUCAAUAUUGAUGGAUCAAGUAUUCUAUAACAAGUCUGUCGAUACUUAUACAUUCUUCUGGAACACUUUUUUAAUUGAAAAUGUUACUCUGCUCUACUUGGCGUAGAUUUGCGAGUGUAAAUCCUAGUUUGUGAUGUUUAAUAUAGUUCAGCAGUAAUGCUUUUUAUUGUGGAGAAUUAAAGGAGCAUCAAAAAUAUAUUAAAAAAUAGUUGAAUUUCUUUUUACACCUUUGCUGUCACUGUAUAUCAAUUUAAAACAAUUUUUAGUUUUUAAUAAUUUUUCAUUUUAAAAGAUUGGUCUUUUCUGAGCCCAGAAAUUCAUGCAUUUCUGCAGUUGUGAAUUUUGAGAAAAACUUAGUUUAAACAAUGCAGGAUCUGUUUUUAAGCUUCUUUUCCUAGCUUUCUUCCAUCUCAUCUUUGCCUCCUUUUGAGCCAUGCAAAUAAAUUAGUCUAGAAUAAGAAUAACUAUAAAAGUCAUGCAUACAUUGACAGCAGUAAAGAAAAGAAAAUUACUUUAGAUGCUCUGCAGACUGCAGAGCAUUAUGUAUAUCCAUUAAAAUGUAUUCAGAGAAAACUCGAAUAUAUAAAUAUGCUGUGAAAGUGAACUUACAAAUUUUUUCUAAAAACUUUGGAAGUGAUUUUUGUUGCUCCUCAUAAAUUUUAACACCACCCUCAUUUUUUCAAUUUUUGAUUUCUUUCUCUAGCCUGUCUGAUGAUGGGGCUUUGCAGUUGAUGCUCAGGAAAAGAUCAUAGUUAAAAGUAAAUGGUUUCCUUAAUUGUUGUAAUGUUGUGUAUACUACAGCUUACUGUUUUGUUUUAAGCUGAAAAAUUAAUAAGUGUCCUGUUGUAUUGUUGACCAUAGUUGUUAAUAUAGUACUUUCAGUACAAUUAUUUGAAAUUGUCUUCUCUUAGACUGUUUGGUAAUAUGUUGUUUGUGUAGCAUACAAAGCCAUUUCAGCCAGACAAGUUCUAGACUGAAAUGGACAAUAAUGGUCUCAUAUUAAAUUUUAAAAUCGUCCUGAACAUAUCAUAAACUGAUAGUGUUCAGGUUAAAAAGCAAAGUGUUCUAAAAAGAAUAGCAAAAUCCCCACACAGUUUCAGACAGAGAAUGUAUUCCCAUAUUGUUGAGUAAAAAUGUUUAAAUGCUCAAGUACGUGGAUAUUGUCAUUCAGUGUAUUUAUGAAAAAUCUACAUAUUAAAGUUAAUUUUGUAGUUCCAAUAAUCAUCUGGGAAAUAGUUUUUUGUGAUACUCCUAUGUUCUGGGUAAUAUUUCAUUCAGUUUAUUUGCAUACAUUCACAUGAUGCACAAUAAAUUUGUACAUUCACACUUAUAUUUUUUUUUCUUCAAAAUUAUAAUUCCUGCUUUUUUUAUUAGUACUUUGCUGUUUUUUGGAUCGAUUCUUUUCCUUGUAUUUUCUUCAUUCUUUCAAAUUGUCUUUUGUUUCUUGUUCAAUUUUUCAGCCUGCUGCUUUAACAUUUUCUUUUUGACCUAUUAAUUCAUAUUUUCUGUUUUAUGCUUUUUCAUGUGCAACUUUGUUUCAUUCAUUAUUUAGUUUCCAGAAUAUCUUAUAAACUUUAUUUAGUAUUACACACUUGCACAAUGGUGUGUCUUACACACUUAUGGAAUGUUUGACUGCUUAUAUUUGUCUUUCAUAUCUGAAUUUCUUUUCUCUUCCCAAUUUCCUUUCUUUUCUUCAAUACUUUUCAAUUUUAUUAUUUAAAAUAGAGAAAUAAAAUCAAGUUUGUCAUCGUUAAUUUGUGGAAGGUAAAUUUUGUUUUCUUUUUUGCAUAAUGCCCAUUUUCUACAUUUAUUUCAUCAGAUGAAUAGAUUGAGUUUCAUAGGAAAUUCUUUCAGUACAGUUUAUUUUGUACAGUAGCCCUACAUUGUGUCAAUCUAAAUUUUUAGUAAGAUCCAGUAAGUUCCAUAUCAUAUGUAGAAAAGAUGUAAAAAUGUGAACUAUAUGUUGUAAUGGAUAAUUUGUUAGAUUAGUGAAUUAAGUUUGUUGCUUUGAUUAUAAUUUUAUGUUCAAAAACUGCACCAUCUUCUUUUACAGAAUGUGUAACCACUCUGAGCUGAAUAGAUUCUAUAAUUCUUGUAUAUCAUACUAUGUUAAUGUUCAAUUACAUACAUACAUACAUUACAUACAUGUCGCAACAUCGAUAUUUCAAAUUGUAAUUUUGUAUUGAAAAACUUUUGAAGAGUGAAACAUUUUAGCAUAUUUCAGUCAUAUAGAAGUAGUAGAGACUGUUUUCACAAUGUCUGUGAAAAAUGGUGAGUACUCAAUACUGCACAACAGUAGAAUGUAAAACAUCAAUAUUCACCUAUUACUCACCUCCUUCAUAGUACUUGGCAUGUCUGGUGUGAUGUAUCACUGAUACUUGUCAAAUUAGAAGAGAUUUGCUUAUUUGUUGACUAUUUUAUCACAUUCAGCACUAAGAAACAGAACUGUUGACAUAUAACAUAUUUAAGACUUUCUAAGCAAGCCCAUGUAGUACUGAAAAGCACUCAACCCACAUAUUUUAUAAGUAAAUAUUUGUAAAUGCAGUAGUUUAUGUAAUUUGUGGCUGAAUGGAGUGCUGUGUCAGUUGUCAGACAAGUUUGUGUGAUUCAUAGAUAUCAGUGUAUAUUCUUACAUUUAUUUCAAUAAUACAUAAUCUAGUGGGAUCUCAUACCCAUCUUGUAGAAAAAUUUGUUGCACCUCAUCAAAUAAAAGUAUAUUUUAUACAACAUUUGUUAUUUCAAAGAUAGCACAUACUUACCACUAACUGAAUUAUUCCUAAUCAGUACUUCACUAAUAAGAUAUGCACAUUGUUUUCAAUGUAGAAAUAACAACAAAAACCUGCAUUAUCCAUCCCUAAAUAACAAUUGUAACUAAAUCAUGAGUUACUUUCCUUAGAAAACAAUAAUUCAAAUUAUGAUUGCACAUUACUUUUUAUACGUGGAUGUGUAGG